CGAAGAGAGGUACGUGUAUUUCAAGUGUAAAACGCGCAUGCGUAACCAAUAAAUACGUGUCAGGUUAUUGCCGGUGUGCCCCCAGUUUAAUUAAAUUUUUAAAUAAAAAUGUUAAUUCAUAGUUUAGUAAUAGGCACUCUGUUGCUAUGUACACAUGCAAGCAUUUCUGAUUACAUUAGCAAGUCCGAUAUCGAAAAGUUUAUACCGGCGUUCAAAUCUGCGUUUGAGAACUUAAACAAGGACGAUUUAUCAAAUGUGUACUACGGGGCUAAAGGAUUUUCACUAAUUUCUCAACCCUUACCUAUAAAUGCCGCAGAUGCUUGCAAACACCUUCAGAAGUUCUUUAAAGAUGAUUUGAGCAAUGAAAUCGUGUUCCAUUCGCUUGCUUCGUGGUCAUUAUUGAACUGUAAUAAGCUUCUGAACGUGAAGCUCCAUAAAGACAGCACUUUAAAGGCACUAAAGGCAACACUAGAUAAGCAAGAUUCGUCAAUUGGGGACAUUCGCUUUGCUUUAGAAUCUCUUAACAUUCUUUCCGAAGCUGUACCUAACCCUACCAAAAUUGUGCAACUUUUACAAGCACAAUUAAAGGAGGACGACAGCCUACCCAGCGUCGGGCAAGCUUUACAUGCGGCAUCAUUAUUAGGUGGAGCUGGACAGUUUGCUAUCCAAUAUGUGGAAGACAUUGUGGUGCAAGCAGAUGAGGUUGAUGGCCGAAUAAUGCAAUGGGAAGGUGGGCUGACUCUCACCUCACUUUUACUCACAGGAUUACUACGUUUGCCCGAAGCAAAACCAGUAACUCAGACACAAGCAGAAAAGUUUGCCACCUAUCUCUUAACUAGAAAAACGGUACAAAAUGUUAAAGGAGUCGUGUCUCUGUUGGAGGCAGCUGCCGCACUUUCAAAGAGUAGCGUAUCACCGGUCAGUAUUACAUUCGUUGAUUCCGCACACGUCACAACCACAAAACCUGAUCUAAAAGUACGAAUUUCGAAUAUAUUCGGUCAACCCCUUUCUCCUGCACCUUCACCAAUUCUCGCUCAGUCGGCCACUCGUACAACGGACGACGUUGUGGUACUCUCCAAACAACCUCUCACGGCAGGCCCCACUCCUACCGAGUACAUUUUGCCAUUAAAGCUGGACCCGGGGCAUUACAGAGUUGGGCUAACCGCCGGUAGUCACUCGGCCGCCUUGAAUGUACGUGUCUUAGGCCCGGUUACAGUCCAAUGGUUGGAAGUCGGAUUGAGCGACUCGGACGGCACGUCCGCACCGCGACUGACCAAGUUGCAGCACCCUUCGAAACUAACCACAAACCUACAGGCGGACUCGAGUCACCAUCUCAUUCUUAGAUUUUCCCUGUCGCGCCCCGUCCAACAACCCUUCUUGAGGCUGAGCUCGGGUAAACGUGAGAUAAUUUUCGUUGCCGAGCUAGACAGCAGCAAGGCUUACAAGAUCGACGUAAAUUUAGCUAACGAACUGUCUUUUUCGGCUAAAUUUGAAUUGGAACUGAUACUCGGAGAUUCGAUCAUGAGCAAUCCUUUGCGUUGGUCAUUUGGCGCCAUUGAUGUCGCUUUGUCUACUGUAGAACCCAGCCCGCAAUCUAAGCGUGGGCCACGUCCUGAAAUUGUACACAUGUUCCGGCCUGCUGAGAAAAGGCCUCCACAGACGGUGUCUAUGCUGUUCACCGCUUUAGCCGCCUCGCCACUUUUACUUCUUCUUAUUUUGUGGAUAAAAGUGGGAAUCAACUUUAAAAAUUUCAGCUUUGCCGCCUUACCCUUCCAUGUGGGGUUGGGAGGAAUUUUUUCAUUGUUCACUUGUUUUUGGUUAAAAUUAGAUAUGUUCGCUACAUGUGCGUGGUUGAUUCCAAUUGGUGGUUUUACCUUCUUGGCAGGGCAUCAUAUAUUAAGCAAAUUGGCGAAGCAAAAAAAAUGAAGUGACUAGUAUUGUUGAAAGACGUAUUAUGUGCAUUCUUCACUUGGAAAACAUCAUUUUUAGCAAAUAAGUCAUUCACACAUUUGUAAUAUUAAACGUUAUUAUUGUUUCUAAA